GGGCUUGGAUAGAAGAGCAUUCGUCCGCCUCAUGAGCAGUAGGAGAAUUCUUCUCAAGGACAACACAAUAAUAAUAAUUAACUAACUGUUGAGUACCAACCAACUGUUUGAAAAUGGGUACCUACAAAAUUGUCAUGGUUCGCCACGGGGAGAGUGAGUGGAACCAGAAGAAUCUGUUUUGUGGGUGGUACGAUGCCAACCUGUCGGACAAAGGAAUCCAAGAGGCCAAAGCUGCCGGAAAGGCGCUGAAAGAUGCCGGCUACACGUUCGACCUUGCCCACACCUCGCAGCUGACCCGCGCCCAAAAAACGCUGGCUUCCAUCCUCGAAGGAAUCGACCAGAAGGAUCUGCCCACCCAGAAAACCUGGCGCCUCAACGAGCGACACUACGGAGGACUGACCGGACUUAACAAGGCCGAAACUGCGGCGAAAUAUGGGGAGGAACAGGUUCAAAUUUGGCGUCGCUCCUUCGACGUUCCCCCACCCCCCAUCACGGAAGAGAACCAAUACUACAAGGUGAUCAUAGAGGACCCCCGCUACUCGGAGGGCCCCAAGGGGGACGAAUUUCCAAAGUUUGAGUCACUCAAGUUGACCAUUGCUCGUACACUGCCGUAUUGGAAUGAUGUUAUCGUCCCACAAAUCAAGGCCGGCAAGCGCAUCCUCAUCGCCGCUCAUGGGAACUCUCUCCGGGGCGUGGUCAAGCACCUGGACGGGAUGAGUGACGAGGCCAUCAUGGGACUCAACCUCCCCACCGGAAUUCCAUUCGUGUACGAGUUGGACGAAAACUUGAAGCCCGUCGUUUCCAUGCAGUUCUUGGGGGAUGAGGAAACCGUCAAGAAGGCCAUGGCCGACGUGGCUGCUCAAGGAAAGGCAAAAUAGAUCCAGAAAUUAGGAUUCAGAAAAUUGUGUCAAUUCGUGUCAAUUCGUGUCAAUCUGUGUAGAGCAGUAUGUAGUAGUCGCUUAAAGAGAAAAUAUAAUAUUUGUGCAAUAUGAAAAGAAUAUUUGUGCACUAUGAGAACAAUAAUGAUAUCAGUAUGUACGUAAAUAAAUGGCGAUAAGCCGGUGUUCUUGCCCUAAC